GGAUACUUUAAACUGUCAUUCGAAACAAUAAUAAAGACAGAACCGUUCUGUCACAAACCGGGACAUAAUAAAAUAAUGCGUUUUAACGGCUGAACGAGAGAUAUUUAGUGUUAGUGUAGAAGCUGCAGGUGGGAUGGAGGACUUCAGGAGGUCGUACCUGCGGCUGUGUAAGGAGGGAGGAGUCGACACUCAGGAAUCAGUGCUGGCUCAGCUGCACGACACCAGGACAGUGACAGGCAGCAGUCGGCUGGAUCUGAGCGGUCAGAGCAUCACUGUGGACACAUGCAGCGUGCUGGCCAGAGUCCUGCAGAACGACACCGUCUUCACUGAGAUCAUCCUCAGCGACUGCAUGCUCAGUGAGGAAGGUGUUAAAAUGCUACUGAAUGGCCUUUGCUCCAACACCACAGUGAAAGUUUUGGAUCUGAAGGGCAACAAUAUGAGAGGAACGGGAGCUGAAGCUUUGGGACAGUUAUUAGUGAGGAAUAAGGUGCUGCGCAGGCUGGUGCUGGAGUGGAAUGCUCUGGGAAUGUGGGAGGAAGGAUUUGCUGUAUUUUGUGAAGGUCUGGCCUCCAGCACCUCUCUCACCCAGCUUGACCUGCGCAAUAAUCAAAUCAACCACCAGGGGGCAGCAGAGCUCUGCGUAGCGCUCAAGAGGAACUCAAAUCUGCAAGAGCUGGAUCUCCGGUGGAACAACAUGGGUCUGCUGGGCGGUCGAUCUCUGCUGGAGGCGAUGCAGCAGAACCGCACACUCACCAAACUGGAGCUGGCUGGAAACAACAUUCCCAGUGACACACUCAGAGCCAUCGAACAGUCCAUGAAUCACAACGUCGACAGGCAGUCCACACUUCGAGAGAGCAAAAGCAGGACUCAAGUGCUCAGCAAAGAGAUCCAGCUAUUAAAGGAUGAGAAAAGCCGACAGUAUCUCAGUCUGAUGGAGACCAUUGACAGACAGAAAGGCGAGAUGGGAAGAAGCAGCAGAAAUUCCUCCAUACGUCUGGGGCAGUUGCAGGAGGCGCUGAAUGAGCAGAAAUCAUCGGUCAAUUCUCUCACAGCCAAGCUGCAGAUGACGGAGGCGGCUCUCGCUCUGUCCGAGCAGAAGAACCAUGAUCUGGCGGAUCUGCUGACUCGAGUGAAAAUGGAAAAAAACGAACUCCGAGAACGGCAGUCCAGAGAGAUCAAGAAAGAGCACGAGGAGAAUGCUGUGAGGGAAGCGAAGCACUUGAAGGAGGUAAACAGUUUGUCAGAGAAGAACCUCCAGCUCAGAAGCAAGCUGGAAGAGACUGAACGCAGAUGUAAAACUCAACAGGAUCAGAUCUUUGAGCUGAAGCAGGAGCUCACAAACACCACCGCUGAACUGAAGCUGAGACUCGCUCAGACCGAAGAACGACUAGAAAUGGAGAAGAGAAGAGCAAAGCAGGCACUUGAAGACAUGGACGGUUUAAGGCAGAAAGAGGUUGACCAUCUGACAAGACACCAGGAGGACAGUGAAAGAGCUCUUCAGGAGCGCAUCCUCAAGCUGGAGGGACAGCGGAUCCAAUUAGAAGAGGAGCUGAGCAGAGUGAAGGCGAGUCUCGUGACGGAAAGAGCUCAAGCAGAAGAGGAGCUCGGGAAAGUUCGUUCUCAAGUGCGACUGGAGGAGCAGCAGCAUUUGACCAGCCUGGAGGAGAAACUGCGAGCGGUUCGUCAGUCUCGAGACGAGUCACAGAAUCACUGCACGCAGCAGAAGCAAACCAUCGCAGAGCUGCACGCUAAAGUCAGCCAGCAAAGCAUUGAGACGGACUCGCUCCGCCGCAGGAUAGACGAGCUCCAGCAGGAUCUUGCAGGUAAAGAGCAAGAGAAAGUGUCAGAGGUGACGCGGGUGCGAGUGGAGCUGCAGGAGCAGAUCGGACACCUUCAGGCCGAGAGAACGGCACAGGGAGGCCUUAAAGAGAAGAUUGCCGCUCUGGAGAGAGAGAUAAAGGCGCUCAGUGUCGCCCACAGAGAGGCCCUUUUGGACAAAGAGAGCGAGAUGUCGUCUCUGCUGGAGCGCCUGCGCAUUCGGGAAGGAGAGAUCCAGCGCAUACGAGAGGACGAGGCCCAGAGAGCCAGCUUCCUCCAGAACGCCAUCCUCACAUACGUGCAGGGCUCCCCGCUGGCACACUUCAGCCCUAAGAAGUGAACUCGAGUCGAUCGUCCAAGGUGCUAUUCAACUAUGCACAAACAAAAUCUACUGAAUAACGGCAUCUGAGGGGAACGUUUUCAUGAAUUGGAACACUUUACAAUAAGGUUUCAUUAGUUAAUGUAUUCAAUAACGUGAACUAAUUAUGAACAAUACAUAUGCAGCAUUUAUGAUUCAUAAUUCGGCAUAUAGUUGUGCAUUAUUAGCAACCAAAUUCAGGUUUGUUGACAUUAGUUAAUGCACCGUGAGUUAACAUGAGCUAACAAUGAACGACCGCAUUUUCAUUAACUAACAUGAACAAAAAUAAAUACAUGUGUUGUUCAUUGUUUGUUCAUGUAAGUAAAUGCAUUAACUAUCAUUAACUAAUACAACCUUAUUGUAAAGUGUGACCUAAUAAUGACACCAAAAUGUCUUACUAUUUAAAUGCAUCGACAUCACAGGUGUCAAAUCCAGUUCCUGGAGGGCUGCCCUCCAGUUCCUACCCUAAUUAAACACAGCUGAUCAAACUAAUCGAGUCCUUCAGGCUUGACUAAAACCUACAGGUAAGUGUGUUGGAGCAGGGUUGAAACUUAACUGUGCAGAGCUGCGGCCCUCCAGGAACUGGAAUUGACACCUGUGCACAUGUAUUUAUUUAGUAAAUGUGGAGUUUCGUUAUUCGCAAUUAAUCAGGGAACUCAUUUGAUGAACUUCUCAAUUUAUUAUUAUUAUUAUUUUUUUUUUAAUGCUGAAGUUUUCACAUGUCUGUUUUUAAAAGAUGUGCCAUAUUGUCCAUCAGAAUUAUUCGGCUAUGGCAGUGUUUCUCAACCACGUUCCUGAAUAACCACCAGCUCUGCGCAUUUUCCAGGUCUGCUUAACCAAACACACCUGAUUCAGAUCAUCAGCUCAUUAGCGAAGGCUGAAAGACCUGUAACGGGCGUGACAGACAAAGGAGACCUCCAAAACAUGCAGUGCUGGUGGUCCUCCAGGAACGUGGUUGAGAAACACUGGGCUAUGGCACCUGCAGUUGCAUUUUAAAAUGUUUUCUACUUUUGAAACGUGUGUUGGCUGAUAAAUAAAAGGUGUGCUUUUGAC